UACAUUAGCCGACCUGUAAAAUUUGUUGCAUACGGAAUCACUUGCCUAAUAACACGGUUUGAACAGUGUUUCUGGGGGAAAAAAAUUAAUGAACUCUGAUUAGGGAAUGGAUUAAUUAACAAAUUGGAAAACUGAAAAACAUCUAAAAGGAAAACAAUUAUCUGUGAAUUCGUGAAUGUUUUAUUAAUGCAUGUUUAAAGACAGGGCGAAGAUAAAUAUGGAUAUGAUCUUGAAGAACCAAGCGGUUAUUGUGAUAUUGUUGUGUAGUGUGUAUCUAGUAAACUGUCAUGUAUCUAGUUCUUCGCAUAAGAUGAAAACGUUCUUAAAUCACAGAAAGAAUAUAACAGAUAAUCUAAGAAAAUAUAUUGAAUAUGAGGAAGAGAGAAUGAUAGAUUUAAAAAAGACGACUGGUUAUGAGAAGGAAAUGGAAGUGCUUACUGAACGAAUUGUGAAACUCAGAAAUCUGAUAGAUGAAACGGAGAGUAAUAUAACCAGAGAUGCCAGCACACCCAUAGAUGAUAUAGUAAAUAAUCCAGUUCAUACCUACGUCAUUGUCAGAGAUUUUCUAUGUAGCUAUAGACAUUGGUUGAACAGCCAGACAUCAUACACUGGCAAAUUACACAGUUUCUGGGAUAAAGCCGAGUUUGAAGCUCCGACAGACCUUGAUUUACGGCAAACCAUCUUGGCGCUCAUCCGCAUUCAAUAUACCUAUAAUAUAUCAGUACAGGAAAUUACCAAUGGACAAUACAUGGGAAGUAACUCUCCGGUACUGGGCAAAACCGAUAUUUUUCAAAUAGCGAAAAGAAUGCAUAUGUACGGCUACCCCCAAACAGCUUUAUUAUGGUAUCUUGAAGCUCUCGGGGAAUUAAACGAAAAAAUAGUUGAUUCACCUUUCGACUGGUCUGUUGCCUUGACAAGGGCUAUUUAUAUAGCUAAAUAUAUGGAGCAAUCAGAACUUGCUGAUGAACUGAUCGACCUGGGAAUGAGACUAGAUCCGGGGCAUAAAUAUUCUUUCUAUAAAAUGGACAUCCAAUCAAGAAUGGAUAGUUUCCAUCCGAGAGAGUGGGAUAAUUUGGUGCCGAAACCAGACUGGUGGACGAAUUACACUAUUUUAUGUAACCAGGAGCAAACAGUGAAAAAACUAAAGAGAUACCACGUAUGUCGGUAUAGAGAUAUCAAUCAUCAACUUACCUACUAUAGAUAUAAAGAAGAAAUACUUCAUUAUGCACCCUUUAUCAGUCUUAUAUAUGACGUCAUCAAUGACAACGACACGAACACUUUAAAAGAAAGGAAUGCUAGUGAUUUAGCACUCAAAUACGAAUUCGACGAGGCUGGUAGUUCGAGAUACAGACCUGGGAGUUAUGGCGCCUCCGUUGAUCUAUAUGACACAGAAGGUUCCGAGAUAUUAACAAUAUCACAGAAGCUAGGCAGAGUUAUCGGACAUAACACCCAAUAUUAUUAUCCUGAUAGAGGCUUCAGAUUACCCAGUGCUGGACCAUUCAAGGUUGUUGACUAUGGUAUCGGGGGACAUUAUGAUGUACAUGUUGAUUUCUUUAUAAGUCCAACUAGUACUUAUUUAAUGAAAUAUUCUGGUGACAGAAUGGCAACAGUGUUAUUAUUUCUCUCUGAUGUUAAACAUGGUGGACGUGAAAUAUUUACACGGCUUGGAAUAAGUGUGAAACCCAUAAAGAAUGCUUCCGUAUUAUGGUACAACUACACACCGUCUGGAUAUAAAGACUAUAGAACUGUCAAAAUGACCUGUCCUGUUAUUAUUGGACAAAAAUGGGAAGCGAGGAAGAGUGUAUGGGUGCACGGUAACGAAAAUAAUCGACCAUGUGGACGUAGUAUGAAAUCAACACAAUUUGCUGUUGAAAAAUGUCUGAGAAAUAGAGUAAAAUAUUAAUGAUGAAAUAAUUAGCAAUUAGAAUAUUUAUACUUAGAUUAUAUAUCAAUUAUUAUUGGUAGCAAUACUCGAUGAGGAGACGUGAUAUGUACAUUAUCUAUAUAUAGUCAAACAUGCACAUCAAUAAAAUAAAACGAAGUACGAACAAUCCAAACCAUUAGACUUAAUUCGAAGUCCUAAAAAAACGGUAUAGGCAAAAUGGUGUAAUCAGCAAAUGGACUGUUCACUUUGUACAAAAUACUCGACAGUGGUAACAGGUGUCCGGAAAAGUAAACUUACCCUGCCUGACGCCACACCCGCCAUAACUGCAUCCAAACCAUAAGACGAAAUCUCGGUAAAUAGCGUGAUUUGCCAAUGGACUAUCCGUAUGCAAAAUAUCAUGUUUUAAUUGUCGUCUCCAAUCGAGGUGAAAUUACUACAAUAGGCCUAUUGAUGUGAUGUCAAAAGAAGAUGUAAACAUAUCAGACUAAAAUAUAAACAAUAUAAGGUGACAGCUUAAAUAAUACUACUUAAUCUAGACAGUACUCGACAAACAAAACAUUUCACCGGUGGGUGGGGAGGGGUAUAUUGUCAGGCUGGAUGCACACAGAAAUAAUCCAUAACACCAUCCCGAGAGGUUUACACUAAUCAUAGCCAAGGAACAAAAUACAAUACCAAACGCUUGUUUCCUUAUGCGACCCUAUCACGGCUAGGUCCCCACUUCGUGUUCAGCAGUAAAUACUAACACUAACAUCUGAUUGGUUCAAAAACCCUCCGGAAAAUUCAGGGCCGUAACUAGCUCAGAGCAACGAGGAGGCGAGAAGUGUUCUCAGGGGGUGCUGUAACAUUGAUGGACAAUGUAUAUCUAUUGUUUUUAUGGUUGACAGUUUUUCCACGGGGGGGGGGGGGAGGGGACGAAACUGUUUGUCCCCCCCCCGCGUCCCCACCCCCAGUUACGGGCCCGUAUCCAGCCCCCUCAGCUGACGUGUCAUUAGACUUGACCGCAUUUCACACGACAGAUAUUAAUUACUAUGGCUUGUAGUUUGAAAUAUUGUAUAUUGGGUAUAGUUAUAACGUAAUAUCAUGUCUCCUUGACCCUCUAAUAGUUUUUUCUAAGCUUAUCUGAAUUUUGAGUUCAUUCUUAUUAUGGAUGAGAAUUAUAAUAGACGUUUCAUGGCAUGUAUUAGUCGUUUAAUUUUAUUGUGACGCUAUUAAAGUGUAAUUGUGACGUAGAUAAAUUGUAAUUGUAACGUAGAUAAAUUGUAAUUGUGACGUAGAUAAAUUGUGACGUAGUUAAAUUGUAAUUGUAACGUAAUUAAAUAGUAAUUGUGAUGUAAUUAUAUUGUAAUUGUAGCGUUAUUAAAAUGUAAUGUGACGUAAUUAUGGCCAUGUACUUAACACAACCGUAUUGAACAAGAUUAGGUUCAACCAUUGUUGGAAUCAAUUUGUGUCGGCACACCUUGUUGUAUCUUUUCAUCGUUUACCGUGAAACAAUGUAGUGCAGCUUUACCAUUGUGCUAAUAUUUUUGAAUAUAUUGCUCUGAAUAAAAACAUACAAAUAUAAA